AUGGGAAACAAAAGCUCAGCACCUUCAAACACAAAAUAUAGCAGCAAUAGAAAGAUGGCUUCAACAGAACCACCCCACGUUGUUCCAAACCGAAGAAACUUCUCCUCAAGGCCAAAACGACUCCCAACAGAACAACAUCAUGGUAAGAAACCACUAGUUAAUGACGAAGCUUUCUCCACUUACAUCAAAGAGUCCAAGUUUAAAAUGAAGAGCAAGUCAAACAUUGGAGGCCAUGAGGAUCACAACAACUUUAUAGCUGUAGAUGUGGCUAACGAAUCCAACAAGGAAAAUGAAAAAGAUCAUUUUUCGGAUUUUAUUUUGAAUGCUAAGAAGAAGUUAAGGACUGUUACCAGAAGAAAUAGCUCCAUCAGAAGAGGGUAA